GUGUAUUUAUCACUGUUUUGGGCGACGGCGACACAGUAAACAAUAACUGAUAACGUAAACAGACCUAGGCCUAAUUGAUGGCGACAACCCCCUUUUCAUUGUCAGUUCGUCAGCUACUUGUGCAGGGUGCGGAUGUUAACGGCCUGUCAUCCGACGGGAUGAGUCCCCUGGCUGUUGCAGCAUUCUGGGGCUAUGCAGACAUAGUGGAGGAACUACUCAAAGCUGGAGCAGACGUCAACCUCCUCAACAGGGGAACACUAUGGACGCCGCUUCACUGUGCCUCAUUCCAAGCUCAUGGCAAGGUCAUCCUGAAACUGAUGCCUUACGAACCAGACCUGUAUACAACGGACAACCAGGGCAGAACUGCAAUAGACUUUGCAUCAGCACUGGAUUCCAUAUGGCCAUUCUUCGCUGCUGCUGGGUGUAAGAGAACUCCCAAGUCAGACCUGAUUAGAAUGGAUAUCAUCAAGAAGGUAUCUCCGGUAGAAAGUGGCUUCCCGGCAACCGACCACAUCCGGUUCAAGUCCUCCCGGCCAGGGUCUGCCUAUGUCAUGAACACACAGUCCUUGGCAAACACACACUAUACAGAUGGGAGAAUGGCAUAUGCAUCAGUGACUGGGGACGUACUUGCAGGGACACCUGAUGAUGCAUUCCGGGACAGGCGAAUAAAGGGGCCUGUGUGGAAUAACUGAUGGUCAAGCGACUGGACAGCAUCCAAGUCAUCAUCAUCCUUGAAUAUAUGCUUGAAUAUUUAGUCAUACCUUCAAGUCAGGCUUCAUGCUCACUUUGACUGGACUGCAUUACGAUAUGUUGACAGUGCCACACUAUACAUUAGUUAUGUCAUGAAAAAAUGUUGAUACCUCAGAUGUGAGGUAUCAGUCUUACAUCACAGUAAAACGUUUCAUUGAGAAUACCAGACAGCAUUUACAAUCAGUAUUAUCUACAUUUUCAGAGUUUUAUUUAUUACUGUGUAUUUCCCAUGUAUUAUUUUCUGAAGUAUUAAAAUAUUUUAUCACAGA